AUGGCGUCCAGCGUCAGCGCUGCAGAAGAGGUCGCGAGCCAGAGGUCGCUGCAGCAGUUGAACACCCUCCUGGGAAGCACGAGUCCCGUGAACCCAGCGAACCCGAGCGCGGCCGACGUCGACGUCGCAGACAUCGUCGACGCGGCCUCCGUGGCCUCCGUGGCCUCCGUGGCUUCCAACGGGGCCACAAGAAAGAAAAGGCUCGGUUUGGGGGACAGGGAGGAGCCAGAAGUGGAGCACACCGAGCACACCGAGAUGCCAGCAAGAAGGCCUCCUCCUUCCUUGGACGAGACCGACAUCACCAGCACGGAAGACGGAGGCGACUGCGCCAGCAGCUGCGAGCCACUCGGAGAAUUUAGCAGUAACUCUUUUGAUCCUGAGCUUUGGAUUCGAGGGAUUCCGAAUUUUCCGGGUCGCGGGAAUUGCACCGUGAAGCUCCCAGGAGCGGCCUUUGGUUGGAGGAAGGAGUGCUGGCCUCCCUGCUGCACCUGGCCGAGGCAGGAGCCCAGGAGCUCAGUGAAAGCUCAGAGCCGAGAAGCCCUGUUCAUUCGCUUGUUUCCCCAAUGGGGGUUUCCGAGCUAUGUCUAG